CUGAAAGUGACAGUAAAACAAAGAAAUACAUAUGCAAAAGAAACAUGACAACCAGACUCCAGAUGGCUGGCAAUGGUUUAGACAGUCUUCAUUUAACUACCAAAUAUUACACUUAAUUUGAGGCAGCCUUAAGCUCUCUGUCUUUUGCUCUCUUUCCCUCUCGCUUCAGCCAAGGUUUCAGUUUUCAUUCUGAGUUUGACCCUCCCAUCUCUAGGAGAGGUCAAUAAAGCCUGCACAACCUUCCUCAUCAAAUAGAUUCUGAAACAUUUAUCGUGCAGACGUCCUAGAUAAGGUAUGGAUCUGGACAGAACUCUGAGAACAAAACUUCACCAGCUGGAAUGCCACUUCACCUGGGCUCUGAUGAAAGAUGAUAUAGAUCUAAAUGAUCUUCUCAAUAGACUGGAAGAGCAGAUUAAGUUGGACCUCGUAAAGAAAGAAGGACUUGCCCGAACUUACAGUGCUUUGGCAUAUGUCCAGUUCCUUCUGGGGUUUCACGAGGAGGCACAUAACAACCUCAUGACAUCUGUGGAGCUACACAUGGAAUGCCAUGGGGAUGAAUUUCACAAGACACUCAUUGUCACUUAUGGAAACAUUGCCUGGUUAAACUACCACAUGAGGAACUACACAGAAUGUGAAAGUUAUCUGAAGAAGCUUCAGGAGAUAAAUGAAACCUUUCCAACUGAGUUUUCAUCUGUUCCAGAGGUGCUUGGUGAGAAGGGAUGGACUUUUCUUAAAUUCUCACGCAAAUAUUACGAUAGAGCCAGACAAUGUUUCAGGAAGGCUUUAGAUCUGGAACCUGAGGAAGGUGAAUGGAAUGCUGGUUAUGCCAUUGCUCUGUAUCGCACCGAAUACGAGAGGUUCACUUUGGAGGAUUCGCCUACAAUAAAGCAACUGAGACGGGCCAUUGACACGAAUCCAGAUGAUGACGUUCUCAAAGUCCUCUUAAGCAUGCGACUGAUUGUUUACAAGAGGUACAGAGAGGCUGAAAGCUUAGUAGAGAAGGCUUUAGAAAGAUCUCCAGAUCACCCACAUGUCAUGCGAUAUGUUGCGAAAUUCUUCAGGAAUCAAGGAAGUGUGGACAGGUCAAUUGCUCUUUUGAAGCGAGCACUUGAAAGCUCACCCAAUUCAAGUUUCAUACAUCAUCAGUUAGCUCUUUGCUAUAAGCUGAAGAAAAUCCAACUGCUGCAGGAGGGAAGUCACCAUGCCAAAGGGUCAAGAGUUCAACAGAUUCGCGAUCAAUGCAUCUAUCAUUUAGAAAAGGCCACCAGCCUGACGGGCUCCUUCAUUUCUGCAAUGAGCGAUCUAGCGCUGCUGUACGGAGAAAACCACGACAUGUCGCGGGCUGAGGAGCUGUUUCAGGUCACUUUCAAAGCAGCCGAGGAGAAAAACGACAAUCUACAUGUGGUCAAUUUUUAUUAUGCUGAAUUCCAGCUGUACAGCCACAGAUGUGAGCAGUUAGCUAUCAAACACUACAUGGAAUGUCUGAAGAUGAGCCCGGAUUCAGUCGAAGGGAAGAGAAGUGCCAACAGUUUAAAGAAGAUCGCUGACAAACGGAUUAAGAGAAACUCGCUGGAAGGGGAGGCUUAUGGGAUAGUAGGGUUCCUUCAUAAGAUAAAAGGGGAGAAACAUCAAGCCAUUGAGUGCUAUGAAAAAGCUCUGAGUUAUGAAGACAAUGAUGAGUUCCUCAGUAACCUUAGUGCACUCAGGCUGUCCUUACAGUAAAGUCAUCACAUAUUAUGUGCUUACACUAUCAGAUGCACAUUAUGCAAUACGCAUUUGGGUGUGCUACAUGUACUGACACUUUAUGGUUAUUUAUGCUAUAACU